UUUGUAUUUGCUCACUGUACUAUACUUGUUUGCUCCUCAUCCUUUUGAGGAUCGCUUCACAAUUCUUCAGAUAUCUCAAAAUUGGAGGAAGAUUUAGCAUUAAAAAUGAGGCAGGCCAAUAUCCUAUAUUUUUGUCUUGGACUGUUGGCUUUGCUUAGUGGUAUUUGUGUGAAAGCAGAAGACCCCUAUAGAUUUUUUACGUGGACAGUUACAUAUGGAACAAUUUCUCCACUUGGUGUUCCUCAAAGGGGCAUCCUUAUAAAUGGUCAAUUUCCUGGUCCAGCCAUUGAUUGUGUUACUAAUGACAAUAUAAUCGUUAAUGUCAUUAACAAGUUGGAUGUACCUUUCCUACUGACAUGGAAUGGGAUCAAACAAAGAAGAACCACAUGGCAAGAUGGAGUUUUAGGGACUAAUUGUCCAAUCCCUCCAAACUCCAACUGGACCUAUAAGUUUCAAACAAAAGAUCAGAUUGGAACAUUUAACUACUUCCCUUCAGUUGGAUUGCACAGAGUUGCUGGUGGAUUUGGGGCUUUCAAUAUUCAACCACGGUCUGUUAUUGCAAUUCCAUACCCUAUUCCAGUUGAAGAAUUUACCCUGCUUAUUGGUGACUGGUUCAAGACCGACUAUAAGGUAUUGCAGCAAAGACUGGACCAAGGCCUUUCUCUUCCUCUUCCUGAUGCCCUUCUUAUAAAUGGGCUUCAUAAGGAUGCCAUCUUCACUGGUGAAAAAGGUCAAACUUACAAGUUUAGGGUUUCAAAUGUGGGGAUUGCAACUUCAAUCAAUUUCAGAAUCCAGGGCCACCCAAUGGUCCUUGUUGAGGUAGAAGGGGCUCAUACUAUGCAAGAACUGUACGAGUCACUUGACGUACAUCCUGGUCAAUCUGUAACUGUUUUGGUUACAUUACAUGGUUCGCCAAAGGACUACUACAUUGUCGCCUCCACACGUUUCACUAAGCCUAUUCUUACUACCACCGGUAUUCUUCGCUAUGCCGGUUCCAACACUCCACCAUCUAAGCCAUUGCCUAUUGGCCCAACUUAUCACAUUCACUGGUCUAUGAAGCAAGCCAGGACCAUCAGGUUGAACUUGACAGCAAAUGCAGCCAGGCCUAAUCCUCAAGGGUCAUUCCAUUAUGGAACAAUACAAGUAAUGAGGACUAUAAUUUUAGCCAAUACAGCAGCUAAAAUAGGAGGCAAGCUGCGAUAUGCUGUUAAUGGCAUCUCCUAUGUGGAUCCAUCAACUCCACUGAAGCUUGCUGAUUGGUUUAGCAUCCCUGGCGUCUUUACUUUGAACUCAAUCAAGGAUGCACCUACCAAUGCCACAGCCGUACUUGGCACAUCUGUUAUUGGAACUGCACUUCAUGAUUUUGUUGAACUUGUGUUCCAGAAUACAGAGUCGACCGUCCAGUCAUGGCAUCUUGAUGGAAGCAGUUUCUAUGUGGUUGGAUAUGGUUCUGGUAUGUGGACUCCUGAAGUGAGGAAGAGAAGGAAGCUUUACAAUUUGAAUGAUGCUGUUCCCAGACACACUGUUCAGGUAUAUCCCAAUUCCUGGAGUGCAGUGCUGGUGUCAUUGGACAACAAGGGUAUGUGGAAUUUGAGAUCAGCAAUCUGGGCAAGGAGAUAUCUAGGACAGCAGUUGUAUAUUAGGGUUUGGAACAAUGAACACAGCCUAUAUACUGAGACUGAUGUCCCUCCUAAUGCAUUGUUCUGUGGCUUGGCUAAACGUCCAUAGAAAAACUUGUGGCUUUUACUUCUAACUUGUAGGUUCUUUGAUUUUUUGUUCUUCUUUUUCUUUCGGGUUUCAUUGGAUCAGUUACGAGAGUGUGACUGUUAAGAAGAAAAUGGGGAAAUAGUGUUACAAUAGAAAGAUAGGGGAAAGGAGAGGUUUCUUCCAAACCAUAUUUUAUCUUUGUAAUAAACUAUUUCCCUUAUAAAAUUUCAUUUUUCUGCUGGUUUUUUCCCUAA